UGAAGAAGCGAGCAGUGUGUGUGUGUGUGUUUUUCUUAACUAUUUCCAAAUGAAUCAGAUUCUCUGACUUUUUCACAGCAGACAUUUUGAUAGGGUAUUGCAGGAAAAUCACAGGUGGAACUAAUAAUAUUAACUAUGGCUCCAUCCCACAGUGAAUGCAGUACAGCAGAUAAUGACAUUACAUACACCUGUGUUGACUCGUCAGACUGUCUGCUGUGAAUGAGGUCUGUUCAGCUUUAAUCUCAUCCAUAAUUUUUUCUCUUGUCAUCAAAGACAAGAGCAGCAGCUCAGAUAAAUCUGGCUUUAUAGGUUUUUGAAGUAUAACUGAAGAAAGGGAACAGAUGCUGCCAAUGCUUUGUAUAAGAUGAAACUUUAAAUCUUGAUUAUUACUCAUCUGUCAGAAUGAAAUUGACAUAAUUAUCUUGAUUGACUCAAUCGUCUUUGAAAAGCCACACUUUUGUGCAAAUGACUCAAAAACAAUGGGGUGUGAAGAGUGUGACAGUCACGCACUCAUCUCAUCGCUGCUUCAUGUCACGCUACAUAACAACACCAUCAUUUCCUCCUACACCUUUCUGCUUACUCCUGGCCUAGCCUCUAUCUCAGAGUCAGAGUUUCCAUCGCUGUUAGCUGAGCUUCCUGUCCAAUAUGGUUCAGAGGGUGGCAGUGAUUGGUGCGGGUCCUUCAGGUCUAACCAGCAUCAAGGCCUGUUUGGAUGAAGGUCUGAAUCCAACCUGCUUUGACAGCAGCCAUGACAUUGGAGGUCUAUGGAGAUUUAAGGAGAAGCCAGAGCCUGGACGAGCCAACAUCUAUCAGUCGGUGGUCAUUAACAGCUCCAAAGAGAUGAUGUCUUUCAGUGACUUCCCUCCUCCUGCGGAGCUCCCCAACAACAUGCACCACUCUGAGGUGCUGCUGUAUCUGCGCCUGUAUGCCAAGGCGUUCAAUCUGCUGCAGCACAUACACUUCCAGACUACUGUGCUCAGUGUGAGGCAGACUCCAGACUUUGCUGUGACAGGCCAGUGGGAGGUGGAGACAGAAAGAGAGGGUCAGAGGGAGACUCAUGUUUUUGACGCAGUGAUGGUUUGUACCGGACACUUCACCCAACCUCACCUGCCACUCAGCGACUUCACAGGUAUUGAGAGCUUUGAAGGCAGAUACUUCCACAGCUGGGAAUAUCGCAAUGCUGAUGGGAUGGAGGGGAAGAGAGUGGUGGUUAUUGGGAUUGGAAAUUCUGGAGGCGAUAUUGCUGUGGAUAUCAGUAGAGUUGCUGAGAAGGUGUACCUGAGCACCAGGAGCGGAGCCUGGGUUGUCAGCCGUGUAGGACAGAGAGGAUUUCCAGCUGACCUUUUUGGAACUUCUCGAAUGCAUUUGAUGAUAAACAAAGUCUUCAGCUCAUGGAUCAACAGGAUGUUGGAGAAGAAUCUGAACGAAGCGUUCGACCACAAACUAUAUGGCCUGAAACCAAAACAUGGGUUGUUUGCACAGAUCCCUGUCGUGAAUGAUGACCUGCCAGCUCGGAUCAUCUCAGGUCGUGUUCAGGUGAAACCAAAUGUGAAGGAGUUCUGUGGGUCCAGUGUGGUCUUCACUGAUGGGAGCGUCAUAAACAAUGUGGAUGUGGUGGUGUUUGCCACAGGCUACAACUACAGCUUCCCUUUCCUGCCCUCAGCUCUGCAGGCUAAAAGUGGCUACAGGCUGCUUCUCUACAAACAUGUGUUCCCUCCUGCACUCACUCAACCAACGCUGGCAGUGGUGGGCUUCAUCCACGGCUUUGGGGCGGUCAACCCACUGGCUGAGAUGCAGGCACGCUGGGCUACAAGAGUUUUUAAAGGGUUAUCAACUCUCCCCUCAGAAGAGAGAAUCAUAAAGGAAAUUCAGAAAGACACCAAAACAAUGCACCAGAGUUUUGCCUGCUCUGAGCGUAACCCCCUCCAAGUGGACUACAUCCCUUACCUGGACUCUCUGGCAGAGCAGGUAGGGGCUCGACCAAACAUACUGUGGCUCUUGAUGAAGGACCCCAGACUGGCACUGCAGGUUUGGCUGGGUCCCUGUACUUCUUAUCAGUACCGUCUGACUGGACCAGGCCAGUGGGUCGGUGCCCGUCAGGCUAUUCUCACCCAGUGGGAGCGGGUGAUUCAACCUUUCCGGACCAGAGAGGUACCAGAACCAGAGACCAGACCCUCUUCUAGACUGAGCAUCAUGGUGACUUUCUCAGGUGUUAUCCUGCUGUACUGCUGCUACAAUAAAUUCUGUAUAUGAAUGAAGCAGCACACUAAACCAAACUGUCCAUGUCAAAGUGAUAUAGGCAGAGCAUGUUUUUAGAAAUUAGUAACUUAAUUACUUGAAUGAAAAAUAAAGUUUUUAAAUAAACAUGCUGGAUUAUAA